UCUAAAGUACCGUCUUGGUUAAAUGCAAGAUGUCUGCCUCCGUGCAAGUGUUAUGUCCAAAUGGUCGACGUCAAAAUGUCAAAAUUACUCCAAAUUCGAAACUCUUACAGGUGCUAGAAGAAGUAUGCAAGAAACAAGGAUUUUUGCCUCCAGAGGAGUAUGAACUAAAGCAUGGAAGAAACACACUAGAUAUAGGCCUCUCCUUCAGAUAUUCUAACCUCCCUAAUAAUGCAAAACUAGAGUUAGUAAAAGCAGCCAAGGCCAGAACUGAAACUACUGUGAUUAUUGCCCUACAACUUGAAACUGGAGAAAGGCUGCAGCAUGAGUUUGAUCCUGGUGUCACCCUUUGGGAAUUAUUGCAAUACUGGGAGCAAAAACCAGAGGCCGAGCAGCAACAGCUAACCAGUAUCAAAAAGGAUGGUGAUACAGAAUUGCAUCCAGUUUGUUUAUAUAUGAGAGAAGAUGUCAUUGGAGAAUUGGCCUUAAAAGCAACUUCAUUGCGCAGUCUUGGUUUGACUGGUGGAAAAGCUAUUAUUAGGUGCUUGCACAGGCCCAUUGACAGUGCCACAUUGGAACAGAUACGACAAAGAUUAGAAAAGGAGCAAGUAAAGCAGGCCAAAUUAGAUGCACUGAAUUACCAACGACAAAAGUCUGAAGAAGCAGAAUUACCAAAGAAGCAAAAUGCAAUUCCCACAAGCACAGGGUCUAGUGAAACGUCAAUGGACACUCAGUCUGCCGAGUCAAUUGCUAUGGACACAGAGUCAAGUGAAAACAGUGCAUUUCAGAGCAGAAAGAGAGAAACGGAAAUCUCACCUCCAGGAACAUCACAUAAAGAGUCCAAACUUGAACAGGUUGUAGAGGCAAUGGAGACUGACCAACAGCAGGCUCCCUCUAGUGAUGUAUCAACAGCUAGUACAGAUAGUGUGGUUCUUAGUGGGGGUGUUCCCACUGGCAUUCCUGGUGUGACCAUGUUUAGACCUGGAGCUGGGGAGUUCUCAGCAGAUCAGCAACAGUAUAUUAUGGAUGUUGCACAGUCUAUUUUGGGUCAAAUGACUGCUGGAAAUGGGCCACAGCAACAACAGCCUUCACAAGGGAGAGGAGCCAGACCAAGACAAGUUCUCCAACCUACACCCAGUCCAUUUGCUGACUUCAAGUUUCCUGAAGAAACGAAAGGAAAGGAACUAUAUAAAAAUGAGCUUAGUGAGGUGUCCCGUGAAGAUUUCAAGCCCUGUGAUAGAGAGAUAGUUGUCUAUCGAGUUGAUGAACCAGUAUCAAUAUCUCCUGACCAAGAAGGUGACGUACCAGACAGCUUCUUUGAGGUGACAGAACAUGAUGUCAGAAGAAUGAUGAAAGAUUUGCAGAAAUCAGUGAAAGACAUGUCAGACCAGCCUUUGAUGACUCAAAGUAUGAGAAAGGCCGAGUUGGAAGAAAAAUUCUCGAAAUAUGAAAGAGCUGUUGUUAGAUUCCAUUUUCCAGACAAGGUGGUCGUGCAAGCCUUGUUCAGACCACUGGAAACAGUGUUUGCCUUGACAAAAUUUGUGAAGGAGCAUCUUGAUGAUAGGACCAUGUCUUUCUACCUUUAUACUACACCACCAAAGACAGUUUUGAAAGACCCCAGCAAUAACCUAAUUGAGGCUGGAUUAGUACCAGCAUCUGUUGUUUAUGUUGGCACAGAAAGUCAAAAAGAGAAAUAUUUAUCUGCACAAGUAAUGUGCACCAAGUCCACUUUACUAGAAGCAGAAAAGACGGCAAUGAACUGGCAUUACAAACACACCAUGUCACAACCUGGAGUUUCUGGUGCCAGCACAUCUGGUGCAAGUGGUGGUGCCACAGCUGGUACAAGUGCUAGUGGUAUUGGGGCCAGCGGAAACACAAGAUCUGCUGCUCCUACUGGAAGUGGAAAUACAGGGGAAAAGAAAACACCCAAAUGGUUGAAAAUUGGAAAAAGUUGAGUGGACAGAAUUUUCUACAUCAUACAAGCCAUGGUAGUUGUGACGAAAGUUGCGACAAGGAAAUACAAAGCCGACGAAUUUAUGGACAUUCAACACAGGAAAUAUUUUUGAUAAUACAUCAAGUGCAACAUUCGAAAUAAAAAAGAUGACUUUUUCUCUGGUCACAUCACUGAAAGUUUUCUGACAUUAUGGAUCUUCUUAAAUUUAUGAACUUCUGUCAGACUUCAUUUGCAACACAUGUUAAAUUACACUGAAUGAAUGCUUGUGUUUAAAAUAUAUUUAAGCAAGUGUAUUAAAAUAUAUUUAAGCAGCUGAAUAUUUUGUCACAAUUUGUAAGAGAUUUUUAGGAUUGAUCUAAACUAC